AUGGCUCAUCACGUGGAGCCUAUGGAUGUUGACAGUGAUUUUGAUAAUAAAGAGAACAGUUUACAUCAUAACAAUGUGCUACCAUUUACAGAAAAAGGAUAUGAUGAGUUGGAUGUCUCAGAACUUAACAUGAAACUAAGAUACUCUGUCACGCCUGCGUCGUCACCUAUGUCAAAGAGCUACACAGCCAAUUGCUUCGAUAACAGGAGUUUAGAGUCAGGUGACGAUUCUGUAAAUAUUACUGUUAAUGAAAAUGUAAAUUUAACUCGCUCGCUAAACUCAUCUAUGACCAAAAAUGACAAUGUAUUAAAAUCUCUUAAAGUGUUACCUCUUAAAACGAUCCAUACAGAUCAAUAUGUUGACAGUAAUAGAAAUAAUUCUGUACUUAGGCCAUUAGAGUCUACAGUAUCUUCAGACAAUGCAAAUAUUACUGUGACAGUUAAUGCUCCUAGCGAUAUUGAUGAAAACUUAUCUCUACCAAGCUCUUCAUCGUCUACACUUCAAACCCCUGAGGCUACCACACCCACAAAAGACAUUCCCCUGAAUGAUGGUGGUUCACCAAUUAUGCGGGGACUUAAAAGUGUUUUCAGUAUGUUUAGAUCAUCGCAGAGUCCUAUACCUCCAGCUGAAAUUGAAAGUUUAGUCAAACCUACAAUAAUUAGUAAUGUCAAUGAACAUGACUCGACACAAGGUCAGUUGCAAGCAGUGUUAGCAUCUACACCAAUUGCUGCACAUCGAAAGAAAGAACUAAGUCCUACUAAGAGGAGCAGCCCGCAGAAAGAAAGUAAUAUUGUAUUUAAUGAAGACCUCGAAAAAGAACUGCAAUGGAAGGAUGAAACUACAAUAAUAUUUAGCCAAGAACGGAUUCCAAUACAUAAAUUAAUGUUCCAACAGCAGGAUAGCAAUAAAAUUGGUAAUAAAGAAAUGAUUGAUACACGUGUACAGGAUACAAAUGAUUUAAAUUCCACUGUUGAAUAUAUGGACAUUUCUAAUAACUCGAUCAGAGACACAACUGUUACUAAUAUUAAGGAUGAUAAUAUGCCAGCUGACAGCACACUUGCAGCUGAAUCGGAUACUGAAUUUGUUGACUGUGAAACAACAUUCACAAAGAGUGAGGAUAAUGGUAUUGAAGAUGCUAAUACAACUCCUGUGGGUGACACAUCUGCAGACCUGAAUAUAACACAAGUAAUAGAAAAUAAAAAUGAGAGUGGCUCUAGAUUAAAACAAAUAAUUUUAGAUACUACGCUAGACAUUUUAAAUGCAACUCUUUCUGUAAAACCUGAAGAUUUGCUUCCAGAAGUUUUAGACCAAUCAAAACAUAUCAGUCCUACUAUUGACAAUAAAGCAACAAUUGAAUUAUCUAAAGAAAUCAAUGUAGUGGUAACUUUAGAAGAAGAUCCGAAUGCUACAAAGGUGUUACCUGAAAUGUCAGUAACUCGGUCAGCUGAUGAAACAUUUGAUGCCACAAUCUCAGAUGUAGUUCAGGAUAAAGAUUUAGAAAUAACCCAGACCGAAGAAAGUACUUUCAACGUGACUUUAAAGGGAGACAAAGAUGAUCAAAAUUUGUAUACUACAAUAAGUGAACCUUUUUCACUAGAUAGUAAGUCCAUUGAAGUUCAAAUUUCUUUACCGGUAGACCAACUGAAUAAUAUUUUAGAUAUAGAUUUAAAUAAAACUAAACCUAACAGUUCAGAAGAUGUUAAUGAACAUUGUGUAUCAUCAACUACAGAUCCUACUUCAAGUAAGCACACAACUGAAAAAUCACUUUCUAAUGAAAUUGAAGUCAAUACUGUUAGAGAACCUUCUGUGAAUGAGUUACCUGUUAACAUUCCUCUUCCAGAUGAAGAUGACCUUGAUAAAGAGUUAAUUUUAUCUGCAGACAUAACAACACCUGCCAUACCUGAAAAUCAGCCUCUUGAUCUUGUGGAUGAUAUAAAAUUGUUAUCUGAAUUUAUGGAACCUCUUAAUACUCUAUAUUCUGAUGUGCCAUUGACAGAGGCUGUACAAAAUACAGUUAAUGAUUUUUCACCAACUACUGCUAUAGUUGAAGAUAAUUCUUAUGUCAACAGUCAAACAACUAAUUUACAUCACAGUAUAAUAACAGAGCCGCAUGACAUUGUUAAAGAAAAUAAUGAAAACACUGAUGAUUCAGAACAUGCUAAGGAAAUAAAGAAUGUUAACAUAUUACCAGAAGUAAGCUUGUUGUAUAGCAGACAUGCUAAUGAAUGCGAAAACGUGAGGGAUGCCACUACCAUAGACAAUGAAAUAAAUGUAAUUAAUAAUGUAAAUACAAAUUUUGUUCUUGAAACAAAUGACAAUGGUUGUAAUUUUGAACCUUUGCCUGAUAUUGUUAACCAAACUAUCGCUAUAUCAAACACAGAUAACAUCAAACCACCAGUUAUUGUAUCAGAAGUUUCAACACUAGAAGAAAUGUCAGAUAAUGAUAAUAUUUCCAAUAAGACCAUUGAUCUUGGAGUUCAACUACAUGGAGUAAAUGAAAUAGAAGCUCAAAUAUCCAGUGUAAAUCAGUCUCAACUAAUAAAUAUAGCUGUUAAAGAAAAAAAGGAAUUGAUUCUUACUUCUGAUUUUAAUACAUAUAAUAUGGAUAAUCUACCUAAUGAUAUGAAUGUAACUUGUACCAUUAAUGAUAAUAUUGAAAUAAAUAAUAGUAGAAAUAAUUCUGAAAGAAUUGAAGGAACUUAUCCCAUAAAUGAAUUAACACAAACAGUUACUGAAAAUAUUACAUCAGUUAUGGAGGACCAAGAUGGAGUUGCUCAAAGUACAACAGCAUUAGAACAAGAAGUUGUGCUUUCUGGCAAUAAUAGUCCAUUCACCUUCGUUGAAGCCAUAGAAACGGAACCUAAGGGAGAGACUGCACUUAAAAACUUACUUGCUCCAGAAACUAAGGUGGUAUGUACACCACCUAAUUCUCCACCAAUACAGUCUAAGGGUUAUAACUUUAAUUUUGAUGAUUUAGCUUUUGAAGCAUUUGCUACCAAAACGAAUAUUGGGAUCUCGCCACCGUUUAAUACGCCAAAAAAAAGAACUGAAGCUAAUAUUCAACCUAAAACUGUUGAAAAACCUAUCCCCAAAAAAGACACUAGACGGAAGACGCAAUCUGAUAGAAAAAAGCCUACCACACCAAAGACAAAGCUUAAUUCGACAUAUCAUAGCUCACUGAGUGAUAUUACCACCAAUACUUGCACUGAUAACCUUGAUAUUGGUCCAGCAGAAGAGAUUCAGGUUAAUCCACCAGAUACUAUUGGUCUGAACCCAAACAAUGAAAUCAUUGAUGAAAUAUUAGUAAAUUGUACUUCACCAAAAACAAAGGAAAAAUUAGAAAAUGUAUCAGAGAUUGUAAUAAAGAGUGACUUGGAAUCAAGUCAAAUGGAAAAAACUGUAUCAACUGAAUGUAAUGAAUCUAGCGUUGAAUCUAAUAUAAAUCAAUUAAAGGGAACAUCAUCGUCUGAACAGUCUACGUACGGCACUGCCAGUGACAGCAGUAUUCCUUCUAGAAAUGUUUUCAAUCUACCCGAAAUUGACGAUAUGAACUUUAACCCUUUUACUACUAAAUCUAAAAUGCGUGAAUCACCACCCCCUAGCCCAAAUGUAGAGACCAAUUGUGCGAAAAUUUCUUCUGUAAGCACUUUACAAUUAGAAGAAAAGGUUUUUGGAGCUGAAGAUAAAGUAGAAAAUGAACUAAUGGAAAAGGAUGCUUCAGGGGAUUUGACCUCCACAACUAUUUCAUCUAAAGCAACAGACGAAAGAAAUGUAACGCCCAAAGAGAUUCAUACUGAAGAUGAAGACACUAUGGAAGGGCCUUUUCUCGAAGUCGAUGAUCUGAACUCUGAAGAUAAAAUGUUGGAGUUUGAUGACGAAAACAUUGAUAUGAUGCAAUUUAAUGAAAUACCGCCACAAAGUAAUGAGGAAAAUUUGGACAAUGGUGAGAUGUUCAUUGAUGCAGAAGCAUUUGAAUUUCUUCUAAAUCAAAAUAAAACCAACACUGUUGUGGACAGUGGUAAAGAAAGUUUAUUUCUCAAAUUCGAUCCUUUGUUUGCUAAAAGAAUGUCCGCUAUAACGUCCGAUGGUGUUGUUGCUUCUUUGGCCAAACUUCAGAAUAGACAGAGCACUCCUACAAAACUUGAUCAAAGCUCGCCCAAUAGUAUGCCAGUUGCUGGACCUUCAAACUUAAAUGAAACCCAAGACAUAGAUGUUAGCAAUGCUGAAGACUCGACGGAUGAUAUCAAUAUUACUAUAUCGAAACCAAUGAUGGUAGUUCCACCCGCUGUUAAUCCCGUCACUCCUCGAAACAAGUCCAUUACGCCUAACAGAUCAAAUAGACGUUCUAUUACAUUCACAUCUCCUGCCAUGGCUGUUAUUGAUCGACUACUGUCUUUGAGUGGUAACACUUCGGCACUGUAUGAUACAACUAUAACACAAGUCAGUAGGGAACAAAAUGAAGCUGAUAUAGCACUCUCACAAUUACGAGAAUUAUUAGCUGAGAAAGAAAUUAAUGUUUACAACUUAAGAUCUGAAAGCAAUGAAUUAAAGGAUAGAUUGAAUACAUUAGAAUCUCAUGUAAGAAGCCUUGAAACUGAAAGCCAAGACAGAUUAAAGAAAAUUAAUGAUCUGAAUGAGACACUUGUUGAGAAGACCAAGAUCAAUAGGAGUAUGGCGGCUGUAGUUGAGGAAUAUGAGAGGACGAUAGCUAGUUUGAUUGCGGAGACAGCGCAAGAUAAGAAAAGACAUGCCGAGGAAAGAAUAAAGUUAAUCAACGAGAGAGAUGAGCAGACAGCCCACCUGGCAAGUAUGGAAGUAUCAUUCAGCGAUCUCCACAGCAAGUACGAAAAGAGCAAGCAAAUAAUACUAAAUUGCAAAGCAAAUGAAGAAACAUACAAAAAAUCUAUAAAAGAAUUUGAGGAAAAUUUCACAAAAAUGCAAAAUAAUUACGAGCUGCUUAAGCAACAUGCAACCUCCAAAUUGAAUCGCGCAAAUCAGGAGAUGGAAAAGAUAAACAGGGCACAUGAGGCUGAAGUGUUAAAACUAAAUGCCAUGAUCAAAAGAAAGGAGCUGCACAUAACUUCACUAGAAGAAUCCCUCAUUCAGAAGACCAAAGCGAAUGAAGAGCUUACAGCUAUAUGUGAUGAGCUUAUUAACAAAGUGGGAUGA